GAGCACAACAGCAGACCACUGCGGGACAGACACACUGAGAGAGAGAGAGAGACACACACACACACACACACACAGAGAGAGAGAGAGAGAGUCAGAGAGGGGGCAGAGAGACACUGAGCAACAACGGCGCAGCCAAGGAGACCGCAGAAAACUCUGCCGCAAAUCCCCAACUCUGCAGAGAAAAGAGAGGAGAAGAAGCAGCAGAGACAAACAAAAGCAUUCUUGGCUUUCAUUUAACCACCUCAAAAAAAAAAAAAAAAAAAAAAAAAAAAAAACAAUACCUUUGGGCGAGAUCAUUCACUUCAGCUACAAAUUCAAGGAGAGAGGCGUGACAGGACGGCGUCAGUCACCAGCAAAAAAACCACCUUAUCAUCUGUAACACUGACAAAUCCAGAGCACGGGAUUGUACCGCCGCAACUGAAUGACUGAUAAACUCGUUUGGGAAAAGAAACGAGAAGAAACAGGAUGAGAGCGACAAUGCGAAUCACGUGGCUGCUGCUAUCACUUGGUCUCCUAUUUCACUGUGUCCAUUCAGAUACUGCAAGUACAGAUGCUGGAUCUCCUGAAACUACUAGGCCAGCAAAAACUGUUACUGUCCCACCUACCACUGUUAGUGACGCACCUCCCUCUGGUGGUGACCCACCUACCACUGUUAGUGCCAAACCUGCCACUGGUGGUGCAGCUGGUGGUGACCCACCUACCACUGUUAGUGCCAAACCUGCCACUGGUGGUGCAGCUGGUGGUGACCCACCUACCACUGUUAGUGACACAGUUGCCGCUGUUAGUGACCCACCUGCCACUGUUAGUGGCCCACCUGCAACUAUUGGUGACCCACCUGCAAGUGGAAGUGAUACUACUGGAACAGGGGUAACUGGAGGUGAUGUGACUGGAAUAAAAGUUACAACAGAGAAGCAAACAGCCUCAAAGCCAACCCCAACCCCAACUUCUGAGACCUCCCAGCAUGGCACCAUAAUCAAGGGUUCUGCUGCAACAACCCCUACCAUGCCCACUGACAAAGACUCCUCAUCAGAGCCUCAACAAAGCGGUGCUGCCACCACCAAACCACUUACGCCUUCCAACAGUGGAUCCCAUGUUGAACAACCCAGCAGCCCAGCGGUGUCGGCCCAAGACGUCAGGCCAACACAGCCUAACGUGCCCCCAGGCAAUCCAGGCUCUGUGACCACAGUGCCUCCCGGAGUGCCAGGCAGCUCUGAAACCUUAUCAGGACCCAUAGGAGGAAGGCAGGACGCCACUGGCUCUGCAACACAGUCAACUACCAUUUCCAAGGACAGUGAAGGAGCAGCCUCUGUGAUCACAGUGCCUCCUGGAGUGCCGGGCAGCCCCGUAGGACAGGGGCAGGACGCCGCUGGCUCUGGAACACAGUCCACUACCAUUUCUAAGGACAAUAAAGGAGCAGGUGCGGUAGAAAAUGCCGGGACAGCGGCGCCGACAAACAUGAAGCCUACACAGACCACAGCCGGGACCCCGCACUCAGCAGGGGGCGCUGUCAUCCCCUCCACCAUCAGCACCAGGCCCGCAGGAGACAAGGCAGUAAUUUCUCCAGGACAGGCGGCAGCUACUACAACCCAAGCGCCUCCAGCCGCCAGCCUCAGUACCACCACCACCACCACCCCCACCACCCCCACCACCACCACAACCACAACCACACUCGCUCAGCCAAGGAUGUUCUCGUUUUCUCUCCACGAAGGGCAGGAGAGGGAGGAUGAGAAGGAGCUGGUGGCGGUGUGCAAGCGGCUGAUGGAGGACAUGCACGUGGGGAACUGCACGCUGGUGUGGCGGCAGCACAAGGGCAAAACAGUGAUCGACAGUGCAGAGCUAAAUGGCAGAGUGAAAGCCGCCCUGGCCAAUCAGUACUACGCCGAAAUCACAAAGAAAUCACAUGACAACACGACCCUGAUCGCCAUCCUGGCGUCCUGCGGAGCUCUGCUGGCCAUGAUCAUCGGCCUGGCCAUCUACGCCUCGCACCACUGCAAGCCCUACAACGAGAACCAGCAACACCUGACGGAGGAGCUGCACACGGUGGAGAACGGUUACCACGACAACCCCACGCUGGAGGUGAUGGAGGUGCAGCCGGAGAUGCAGGAGAAGAAGGUGGCGCUGAACGGCGAGUUCAACGACAGCUGGAUCGUCCCCAUGGACAACCUGCUGAAGGAGGACAUGCCGGACGAGGAGGACACGCACCUGUAGACGGACGGGGACCAACAGGAAGAGGAGGAGAAGAAGAAAGAGACAGUGACAGUGGCACCUAGUGACCCCCCAACCACUAAAAUAUAUCGAUCCACACCUCUCCACAUCAGCACUCCUGACUCUGGUGUCUCUGUCCUGCCGAGGAAAGACUCUCCAAGAUCUCCAGGUGGAUAUCUGCUCUAUUUGAUGCAUUUCUAUAUCCUCAGCCCCACUGAAAAGGCCUGAAUGCAGCAAAAUGACAAAGCAAUGAUGGGAAAUAACAAGCAAACACCUCGAGGGUGACGAAUCAGAGCAACACAAAUCCAUACCUAGUGUGAUGGAAAACAGUGAGCGGAUGUUUCAAGACUAAAAUUCCUCAGUUUCGCCUCCUUUUUUAUAUGAAUGUGUAGAAACUGUGACCACCUGCUGACCGCCUUUAAUAUUACCUUGCUGUAUUUAAAGCUCAAGGCCGAUUUUAACGUCACGCCUUUUCUUACACUGUACUCACCAAAAGAGCGUCGAGCUGUGCACGAGCAUCUGUACAUAGAGUAUUUUUUUAUAUUUUGUGGAGGGAGUUAGCCUCUCUCCGGCGUCACCGCGUGGCUCCGGAGGCCCGAGUGGAGCUCUGUGGCUAGAAAUACUAACUUAGGUAGACGACCUCAGGAUAAUUCAGACCAUCCUGGUGAUUUAGCUCAUCUCAGCUCUGAAGGAACUGCCAGCGGCUGGAAAGGCCAUCCUGGUGCAACCAAGAGCAACUAAAACGCCAACUCCGAUGUUUCUGCGAAGCCUGACCUCUGGUGGUGGAAAAGUAGGGGUGCCUGGUGGUGACAUCACCUGCCACCAAAGACCUGCACCCCUACUUUUCCACCACUAGAGGUCAGGCUUUGCAAAGAUUCAGGUUUGGAGUUUAGUUCCUCUUUAUCUUUGUUCGUAAAAGAGCGAGCGUGUCCGCAGAGACGCUGCAUGAAGGUGAAGCUUCAUGAGAAGUGAAGGGUUUCAAUCCAAAAAUGCGUUGUGUCCCAUUUUGCAGAGGACGUUUUUUUGUUUUUGUUUUUUUUUAUCAUAAUCGCAUUACCUAAAAAGCUAAAGCUGGCUUUACACGGUGCACCUUGAAUGCUACUUUUAGUUGCACGCAAACAUAGAAAUAGGAUGCGAAAAAAUGGUUUAAACUCCCAUGCAGUUUCUAUGCAUGCAGCCUGUGUUGAAGUUUUAUUUGCAUCCUGAAAAUUAAUGAGAUGCAUGUUGCCUAAAGAUCGCACGCAAAUUAAGAGUAUUUAAUGCUUUUGAAUCCAGAAAUUAUUUCCUCAAUCAGUUCCUCAAUUUUGGAAUGAAACUCUUCCAGUGAAAGCUGUAAAUAUGUUGGCAUUUUACACUGUUGUGUUGUUGUUAUCUGAUGCUGGAGGGCGGGGCCGGCCGAGUCAUCUGACAUUUGGAAAUGCCUGACUUGAACACGACAAGCCCACAGCAUGACCUGUGCACAUUUCUGUAUCAUUAUUAUUUUAUUAUUAUUAUUUGGAUUUUGUUCUGCCAAUCAACUUAACGUUAAAUAAUUCCCUUUCAACCAAUUAAAAUGUUAAUAUAUAUUUACAUUCACAAUUCCAAAACCAUAUACAAGUGGAUUUAUUACCGUGGGCACUCCAAUCCAAAAUUAUGUUUGUUCUGUUUGUCCUUACUAUGUGUGUGUGUUCUGUGUGAGCUGUUUCACUUUUAUUAUACUUGUGCCACUUUCACCAAAGUACGUACCAGUAUUUUAUGUAUUUAUGGUUUGUUUGCUGAUGAAGGCGAACAACAGGGGUCUGACACACUGGAAGCUGUAAAUUGUCAAAUCGCCUUGGAUUUUUUUUUUUUGUAAAAAAAAAUCAAGGCGGUCGUGUUUUCUUAUACCAGUUAAGAUUUGCAAAUAAAGGAAGUGUUUUUUCCCAUUUGGCUCAUGGCAGUGUGUGUUAUAAUCCAAUAAAUACCACAAUGAAGUGCCACUAGAGGGCAGCAAAGACAAGACACUGAGGCAGCAGUUAAGAAAACCUGAACAAAAUACAAUCUUUAUUCGUUAUAUACAUUACAUACAAUGCAAUACUACAAGGCUUUCUACACAUUCACGGUAUCCACAGAGUAGUGCUCACUGAUCCAAGAGUACCAGCCUUUACUCCUGAGUCCCACCCAGGGGUUGGAAGAAGGGCGAGAUG